AUGCUCAGCCUCACUUUUCUUCUUUUAGCUUUCCUGCUGAUGGCUACCGAGUCGCAAUCAUUUGAGGUUUUGCCUCUAAAUGUGACCCACCUUAGCACAGGAAAUGGCUUAUGGAUGCCAUCGGGUGCUGUCACGCUACAGGAGGGUGUAAUCUGUGCUCAGGCCUAUCAGGAGCCGUGCGCCGAGUGUAAGCACCAACUCACAGCGGUAUGCACUUUUGAUGGUGGUAAAAGUUUCUCGGUCCAGCAAACGAAAUACCCUUUUUGUGCUCAUCGAGGUGUCGUUGUUGGAGGCACUUUGCACUGUCCCUUAAAAGUUGAUAACGUAAGUCAGAAUGUAAUCAACAUAACAGUUGUGUCAUACAAGGGAAAUGUUUCGCUUUUAGAAAACGAAGAAAACACAACAAUGACGUUUUCUUACAUACCUGGGGAGGAAGUGACAGAUAUCGAGUUCAGAGGAAACACCCUUUUCCUAACUGAUGACCAAAUCUAUUUAAUGAAUGCUGUCGUGAAAAGAAACACCUCCUUGGUUCACGUGUUGUUUCAGUCAGAUGAUGGAUAUAUAUGGAGUGUUCGAAGCAAGAUACCCUUAGAUCCCCUCGAUAACGCGGAACUCAUGUUGAGGGGUCGGAACAGGUUGAUGGUAUCGACUUAUAACUCAAGUCACCAUUACGUCGUUUCCUCCGGGUAUCAAGGCAGAUGGUGGGGUUCCGUACACUACGUGGACACAGAGAGUAGACCUGCAGCGCUCGCUGUUGGAAAUGGUAUUUCCAUUGAAAGCGGUAUCACUAAUAAAUCCGGUUUGUUGGAAUUGGCAGGGUUAGUGGAGGGGAAGCCGAAGGUGAAGUCUGUUUCACUUGUAGAUUUGUACAAGAAUGUGACAAAUGCAAGCCAGAUACCGGACAAUUUUACUUUGGGGUGCGAUAAUGAGCUACCUUGCUUGACAACCUCUCACAUUGCACUUAUGAGAACUCGCGAAGGCAACAUGACUGCAUUGUUUGGUUUUGUUUCCACUACCACGAAGCGGAAAACUGUUGUCGGACUUACUCUGCUCAUUGAUGACACAGAGGAGAAAAAUGAAAGGCUUGCGGAAUUGCGAAAACUCGAGGAGGAGGCUAAACAGAGAGAGGAAGCGAGGCUUAAAUAUCUGAGAGACUUGGAAGAAAAAAAGCAAAAGGAAAGGGAGGAGAAACUUAGGCGGGAACAGGAGAGACUUUUGAAAUUCCAGAAUACCGAUGAAGAGAACAUUAAAAUUGCUGUUUCUAGGUUAUCCGAAGACGGUGAAAUGAUUGUUGUGCGAGAAGUCGACCCAGAUUUGGUCGAUUUAGAAAAACAAGCGUUUUUCUGGUAG